AUAAUCUCCCAACAAAUAAAAGAAUUAGAUAAAAGUUUAUUUAUAGUUCAACCUACCAAUAGUAAAAAGUAUGAAUCAGAUGAAGUACCAGAUUUUAAUAUCUUACCUGAAAAGAAACAGCAACAGCAAGACAAAGACAAAAACAACAACAAUAAUCCUCCUUAUCCUCGACCUCAUCCAUAUUACAAAGUGCCAGAUCAAAUGUCAUCUAUUUUUUUAUCAAUAACUAAUGACUCACAUUCAAAUGCCAAAAUUGACAUUAAUGCAAUUUCUGAAUUUAUUAGUGAGAUUAUGAGUUCUUAUUUUAAAGAAAAAGAGAAAAAUCACAAACGUGCAAGAUAUAAACAUAAUAAAGAAUAUUGGCACAGAGUUCAAUAUUUAUCAGACUUGAAUGAAACUGGAAAAACUAGUUUGACAAAUGCUAUAUCAUCUUAUUUAUCUCGAGAUAUAUAUCAUAUUAAUCUCAAAGAUUUUAAAAAUGAUAAUGAAAUGAGUGCAGCAUUUAGUUCUGUUCUACCAAAUCAAAUAAUUGUUCUUGAAGAUGUUGAUACACAAUCAAAUGUCCUUUAUAAAAGAGGUGGUCACCCAAAUUAUUGUAGCUUUAUUUCUGAAGAUGAAAUAAAAGAAAAAGAUAAUUUAUCAAAAUUUAAGGACUUAUUGUCAUUUAUUAGUUUAUCUAAUUUUCUUGAAUGUUUGAAUUGGCAAAUGUUAUCAGAAGGAACUAUAAUAAUUAUGAUAGCGAAUCACAUCGAACAACUUGACCCUGCAUG